CCCUCCAUCCUCCCUCCCUCCAUCCUCCCUCCCAUUCAUCCAUUCAUCUAUCUGCUUUACUCUCCUGCACCACGUUGCCUGCAGCUGGACCAGUUCAAUCUGGGAUGGCACACACACACCGAGAGGUCCAUUUUGUGAAAAGGUGCACUUUUUUUCUAUAAGCAUGAGGCGACGCUAGUCUGAUAAAGAGCUCAGAGAGGUUGCGUCCAUCGGUCGGUGACUCAUUGCGCACGGCCAGUCAGUCAGUCAGUCAGUCGGGGAGGCAGGUUGUCAGGUUGGGCUUGAAUUUUGCGCUUCACCGUGGAGGAUCGAUACCUCUAAAGAGUCUUAUUGUGGUGGAAGAAGGCGUGGCUUGGUGUCACCGACACAGGGUUGCUUUUCCAUAUUCAUUUCUAGGGUUUAUCCUCAUCGCACACUGACACAGACGCGCACCUCAAAGGAACAGGACAUAAAGAGCGUCUCUCAAAGGGAAUCACACAAAGUGACUGAUCUGUUUUCAUCUUUGGAUUACAACAAUAUUUAAGGACUGAAACCGUGAGUCCGGCAUGGGAACUAACCCAAAAAGGACAGUGACAGUCCAGAUGGUGCCUCAGCUGGCUGUGGUGGACACGCUGGGCAAUAAGGAGCCGAAUGCCAACUGGGCUAAAGAGCCCAACCUCAAACUCUCUCAGGUUUGUCCAAAACCCACCCUCACAUCUCCUGACCACAAACAGGAUAACUCAUCUCUGACUGCUUCUCCCGCUAACGCCAUCCCACACACCCAAAACACAGCUUCCAAGGGAAGCGAACCAGUUAGCAGCACCGUGUCAGACAAACCAGUACCGACUAAUGGGAACCAGACAAAGACAGAACUUGUGACGGGCGGAGACCAACAGAUGCGAGAGCCAUCUCUAACAGGCCGAGGUGUGGGUGAGGCGGGGGGCGACCAGAGGGAUUCUAACGCAAACAUGAAAAUGUUAAGCCUGGCUGAUGAAAAGGAUAUCUGUAAGGCCGGUGUGUCGCCUGCUCUUUCAGCGCCAAAGGUCGACAUGCAGACCAAUGACUGCAGAAUAAAAGGGCCAAGUGUAGCAGAGGAGGAGUGUGCAACGCUGACAUCCUCGGCCACUGCACGAGAGGACAGCAAUAAAAAUGUUACUCCAAAUAAUAAAAAUCUUAACAUCGCCUGUGAAGUAACGCAUACGGCGUCUGAACCACAACACAAUAAUAAAGGGAGUAUUUUAGCUCCCAAAGACACAGCUGUGCCACAGAAAUCUCCUGAUCAUAUACAUAGCCGCUCACAAACCUCUGUGAGUCUGCAAGAGACAGCUAAACAGAGUGUGGAAACUACUGCAGCUCCUCUAACACCUCCAUCUAAGAGCAAAGAUGCAGAGGCUGGGUUUACAAAUAAGACUUCAAGUUCAACAUAUCCAGAGAAGGAUUUGCCACCAGUAAAGAAACCACAGGUCUCCUCAGAUAAACAUCAGCCAGCGUCCUCACAGACGGACUCCUCCACUCUGCCCCAGGCUACACAGAACAUGCCGGCAGAUGGGCAGGAGGCUGAGGAAGCCAGCCAGACUGACACAGCUGUCUUUGAAGGGCAGCAGCAGCACGGCAAGCUGUACAGGGAAGCUUCCACGAUGACUUCAUCGUCGUCCACCCCAGUCAAGCAGCGUCAUAAUAUGGAGGUUCAAGCGGUGGCGAGCACGUGCAGUAAGGCCGUGGCCACGAGUCCGAGCCUGCUGCCGUUCGCCGUGCCUCGCAGGCCGAGCGGUGGCGCGGUCCCCAGGGAGGCCACGCAGAGCCUGGCUGUGGUCUACCAGGUCGACGGGGGUGUGGGGCUACAUCAGAUGAGUUCUCUAUCUACUGAUCCAAGGUCAGAGAGACUCACUGUCGAGGCGGAGAUGUGCCCCAACCAGAAUGCCGGCGUGGUUUUUCACUCAGAGCAAGACAAAAGGCUCGGAGCAAAGCCUAAAGAGUCAGCUCUCUGCAACACCCAGCCAGUUUAUCAAAUCAACAUUGAACACGGCAACCACAAGGAGCAAGGAGAGACAGGUAGCUCCCAAAAUAAAGCAGGAGUUCAGAAAUCUGCAGCGAAAACAGCCACCGACAAAGCUCCCUCUCUCAAAUCAGGAGCACCCCCAGAGACGGCCGGUGUUCCCAAUGCUGUGCUCCCUAAGGCAGCUGUUACAACCAAGCCCAGCCAAUCCCUGCUAACAACAACAGCAACGAACACCAAAUCAAAGCCAGAACCAACUAAAAAAAAAGCCGAAAGUCCCAAAAAAAAGGCUAAAGCCGGAAAAGUCCAGAAGAAGGAGACAAAGUCGGGCAAACAGAAGAUAGAACCGGAGAGGAAGGAGGAAGAUGAGCAGAAAGGAAAGAACGUCCACGAUGUCGUCUGGGACGAACAGGGGAUGACUUGGGAGGUCUACGGGGCUUCUGUGGACCCAGAAUCCCUUGGUUUUGCCAUUCAGAGCCACUUGCAGUGCAAAAUCAAGGAGCAAGAGAGGAAAUUGAUCGCCCGGACCUCCUUCCGAAAGUCAGUUGACUCGCCGGGAAACGGAAGGAAGAACAAAAGGAGGCAGCAGAACAUUUUCAGGUCAAUGCUGCAAAAUGUCAGACGGCCCAACUGCUGCGUGCAUCCCCCUCCCUCUUCCGUCCUUGAGUAGCGCAGCACAGAUGUAGCCGGUGUCAAACUCCAGCCUUUUUUCCUAGAGGUCAAAAUGUUUGUCCUCCCCUUGUCAUGAUUGCAAUGACAAGUGAAAGCGUUAAACGGGACGACGAUCCCUGUAAGUAAGUAUACUGGAAUGCUGUAACAUAAAGAGUCAAACUAUUUGUGAUGUUUGUGAUCAAAGAAGGUAGGAAUUAGAAAUAUAAAAUGAACAGCCCAAGACUUAUUUUCUAGAAAUAGAUAUUAUAAAAAGAGUUAUGAAAUAACAGAGGCAAUAAUAGUGAAACGCAUGUAUAUUAGUUUCAAAUGGCAGUUGUGUGACCUGAAAUGAAGUCCAGACCUUCGCAGUUAAAGGCACUGAUCAUGGGGUAGACAUAUUACUUACUGCCGGAAUAUUUGUGCAAAUAUAUGAAACCGACAUCUCAUUGCAUUUGGUGCAUUUGGUAUAUGUUUUUGAGGUGUUUUUUUGGGGCCCUAUAUUUAUAAGAUUGCUGUAUUUUCUUUUCAUGCACAUUUAUUUUUAGUGAGUGAUUACAUUGUGCAAAAAAAAGGGACUGUAUGCAUACAUACGCUGUUUAAUCUCUGUUCUUUUCUAUUAAAACAACAAAAAAACUAA